AUUGGCCCACUGGUUUUGGACGGAAAGAAAAUCGUAGUUUGUGUGCGCAUCCCCUGCCAGGACAGGGAACAGGAGAACCGACGGAGGCACCGACACCACCUCUAACACAACAGCCAUCCAUCCCCCCCCCUCCCCUGUUCUCCUGCCGCCCUAACGGGUCUGAUCGGUCGCUCCCUGCUGGCAGAUACGCGGUCUGCCAUUCCCUGAGGGCGGGCACCGUGUCCGUGUGGAACCUGGCCCGCCGCCGCCGCCGCCGCGCGGGACGUCCCGUCCGCCUGGAGCACAGCCUCUACGGGACCACCGACGUGGCGCUGACCCACGGCCUCAGGCUGUACAUCCUGACGGGCCGCGGCACCACCACCUUCACCGACACGCCCACGCCCGUGUUCCAGACGCUCUUGAUAUACGAUCUGGUGAAGAAGAGUUACCUGAGGAGGAAGACGGGGCUCUACGUGGUCCCCUGUCUGCAGCAGGAGUACAGCCUCCUGGAGGAGGGACGGGUGCUCCUGGGCCUGUCGGAGACCAGGGAUCACCUGAUUCUGUGGGAUCUGGAGUCCGGCUACAUCAAGGAGCGGAUCAAACCCUCCCGCAAGGAGUCCCUUCUCUCCGGCGGCGUCUCGGGAGAGCCACAGCCUCCGGCCACAGCCACCAAAGAGAAAACAAUGAUGCCGUGGGACUUCAGGACGGAGAGCCGGUCCUCCAGGGGCAGGCGGCAGGAGCGGGAGGCCCGGCGGGAGAGAGAGGAGCAGAGCCGGAUCGACAGGGAGAAGUACAACGCCAUCGACCAGUACCUCCUCAGCGGGGACAAGCAGGUGGUGCUGUGCUCCUACUUCGGCCACCACCUCAACGUCUUUGCCAUGGCGUCCCAGCAGCACGUCCACACCCUGGAGGACAGGGCGUCCCAGCUGAGCCUCCGGACGGCGGCCCUGACCCAGUCCGGCGGCUACCUGGUGCUGAGCCACUACAGUCAGACCCAGCGCGUCCCCUACGUCACUCUGUGGGACCUGCGGAAGGGCACCGUGAGAAAGAGGCUGAGAAACGAGCCUGGCGUUUGCUGUUUAGCGGUCACGGACAACGCCAGCAGAGUUGCCUUCGGGGUCGCAGAUAGUAACAAACUGAAGGUUUGGGACCCUUUCAAACGAAAACACAAGUGUAUCUCUGGCUACGGGGACCUGAAGUUCAGCGUGUCGAGCCGGCUUCAUAUGACCGAGGGCGGAGCCAAAGCGUUUCUGCUUUCAGACAAGAUCAGCCUGUGGGAUCUGGACCGUGGGAGCGUCGUGUCCGUGUUCUCACCCGACGCCCGCAUCCAGUGUGUGUCGCCUCUGGGUGGCGGGCUACUGCUGGGCCUCAGCCAGAGUCCCUCCCUCAUCAGCCUCAGACUAACAUCACCGUCCGUCGCCACGGCAACCAGAGACGAAGGGGAUCUGUUUGGAGAGUCAAGCAGCAGUGAGGACGAGGACAACUAAACUUUAAGGGCAGUUUUUCAAAUAUUAAUUUUAAGCUAAAUAAACCGGACCACAGAAAGAAAAGGAGAAAAAAUAUGGUUUGUAAUGCGUACCACGACACCUUCAGUGGAAAACACUUGAAUGGAGACCUGUGUGGAUUCAGGUGACCAUUCUGCGAACACUUGUAUCGCUGUCUGUGCAGUACAUCUGGCGGAGGUCAGCCUUGUGCAAGACAAAAUAGACACUGGCUCAGGUCAGACAUUGGAGUCCCAAUUCAAAAUGUUAUUCAUAUUAAUAUGUUCAUGUUAAGCAGGGAACCAAAAGCCAUGGUCCGUUGAGAGCAUGUGUGAUGUAUUUUGUUAAUAUUAUUUUCAAUGUUAAACUUUGCAACUGUGACAAAUCGUUUCUUUCAACUCUAAUAAAGAAUCCAGAGCCUGAA